AUGCGACCCUUAGCGGACUUGACAUUCAAGUAUUUGCAGUCUUAUAAGACUUCCAAUAACCAGACUUACACCCACCAGACUUACAACCACCAGACGUGCAACCACCAGACUUAUAACCACCAGACUAUCAACCACCAGACUUACAACCACCAGACUAACAACCACCAGACUUAUAACCACCAGACUAACAACCACCAGACUUACAACCACCAGACGUGCAACCACCAGACUUAUAACCACCAGACUUACAACCAUCAGAUUUACAACCACCAGACGUGCAAUCAUCAGACUUAUAACCAUCAGACUUCCAAUCACCAGAUUUACAACCACCAGACUAACAAUCACCAGACUAACAACCACCAGACUUAUAACCAUCAGACUUACAACCAUCAGACUUACAACCAUCAGACUUACAACCAUCAGACUUACAACCAUCAGACUUACAAUCAUCAGACUUACAACCACCAGGCGUGCAAUCAUCAGACUUAUAACCACCAGACUAACAACCACCAGACUAACAACCACCAGACUAACAACCACCAGACUAACAACCACCAGACUUACAACCACCAGACUUAUAACCACCAGACUUACAACCACCAGACUUAUAACCACCAGACUUAUAACUAUCAGACUUAUAACCACCAGACUUAUAACCAUCAGACUUAUAACCACCAGACUAACAACCACCAGACUAACAACCACCAGACUUAUAACCACCAGACUAUCAACCAUCAGACUAACAACCACCAGACUUAUAACCACCAGACUUAUAACCACCAGACUAUCAACCAUCAGACUAACAACCACCAGAUUUACAACCACCAGACUAACAGCCACCAGACGUGCAAUCAUCAGACUUACAACCACCAGACUUAUAACCACCAGACUUACAACCAUCAGACUUACAACCACCAGACUUAUAACCACCAGACUUACAACCAUCAGACUAACAACCACCAGACUUAUAACCACCAGACUUACAACCAUCAGACUUACAACCACCAGACUUACAACCAUCAGACUUAUAACCACCAGACUAACAACCACCAGACUUAUAACCACCAGACUUACAACCACCAGACUUAUAACCAUCAGACUUAUAACCACCAGACUUACAACCAUCAGACUAACAACCACCAGACUUAUAACCACCAGACUUACAACCACCAGACUUAUAACCACCAGACUUACAACCACCAGACUUAUAACCACCAGACUUAUAACCACCAGACUUAUAACCACCAGACUAACAACCACCAGACUAACAACCAUCAAACUUAUAACCAUCAGACUUACAACCACAAGACUUACAACCACCAGACUUACAACCAUCAGACUUACAACCACCAGACUUAUAACCACCAGACUUACAACCAUCAGACUAACAACCACCAGACUUAUAACCACCAGACUUACAACCAUCAGACUUACAACCAUCAGACUAACAACCACCAGACGUGCAAUCAUCAGACUUACAACCACCAGACUUAUAACCACCAGACUUACAACCACCAGACUUAUAACCACCAGACUUAUAACCACCAGACUUACAACCAUCAGACUUACAACCACCAGACUUACAACCAUCAGACUAACAACCACCAGACUUAUAACCACCAGACUUACAACCAUCAGACUUACAACCACCAGACUUACAACCACCAGACUUAUAACCACCAGACUUACAACCAUCAGACGUGCAAUCAUCAGACCUACCACUAUCUAAUUUACAACCAUCAGUUUCACCACUAUCAGACUACCACCAUCAUAUUUACCACCAUCAGACUACCACCAUCAGACUUACUACCAUCAUUAGAAUUACAACCAUCUGUUUCACCACUAUCAGACUACCACCAUCAUAUUUACCACCAUCAGACUACCACCAUCAGACUUACUACCAUCAUUAGAAUUACAACCAUCAGUUUCACCACUAUCAGACUACCACCAUUAUAUUUACCACCAUCAGACUACCACCAUUAG